CGCCGCUGCCUCCUGACGGUGUUGAGGUGUCAGUCACACAAACGCACAUCUGUUCAUUUACAGGUUCAUGAACAGUGCUCGUAUACUGGAGAUCAUUAAUGGACAUUUUCUUAAAAAAAUAUUUUGUUUGUUUUUUGCUUUAAUCUUUUGUUCCUUCCAGAACUGCAUUUUGAGAUGGAAAACCAACAUUUUGCAGUAAGGGGUCCUGCUGGAGAGCUUUUACGCAUCGCAAGUCAGGGAGCGUCCCUACAGAUAAUGCUGUUGGGGAAAUUUUAAUCGGUAACCAAGCUGUUCACCGGAGGCUAAAAAUGAAGUACGGAGCUGUGGUUCUUGCAGCUGGACUCUCCGGUUUGCUCAGCUUCAGCCUCCUUGCUGUGGCAAUUGGGACCGAUUACUGGUACAUCAUCGAUGUUAAUAAACCCAACUACACAGGUCCAGAUGACCUCAGCUCCCGUUCUGGACUGUGGAACAUCAUUGAAGGAGCAAAUAGGAGGGCAGUCAUCUCCUCUUUCACGGCCAAUAUUUCCAGCCUGUCAGAGGCAGAGAGGCACAUGCUUGAAUUGCACAAAGUGGUGGUCAUCAUGCUGCCUCUCAGCCUGGUUCUGCUGGUGUUUGGCUGGAUCUUCGGACUUGUCAGUUCGUUGGCCUGCAGUCCCAGGCUGCUAGCUGCCACAGCUCUCUACUUUCUACUCUGCAGUGUUUUAACCCUGACUGGGAUCAGCAUCUAUAUCAAAUACUCCAAUCAGGCCAUGGAGGAGUUCCAGACAAUGGUGUCUCCUGAGAGCCUCAUCUACGUGCAUGUGUCGUUUGGGUGGUCUGUAGCCACGGCAUGGCUCUCCUACAGCCUGGAGGUGGCGACUGGAAUGCUGCUUAUGCUGGCGGCCAGAAUAACUCAAAUGAAAGGACGUUACGACUCCGGCGUAGCUAUCGCCAUGUUAUAAUUAAACUAAAAGCUCCAAUAUAGAUAAGUUGGUUUCUUCUCAAUUAUUUUGUAAUCUAAGUCAAAUAGCUAAAAAAAAAGAUGGAUUAGAUUGACCGUUGAGACCAGCGAAUGUACAGUACAGCGCACAUACUUUACAAAAGUGCAACAUGAGAUACAGAGGAGCUGAUUAAAUUAUGUUUCUGAAUACCGGUUUCUUUGUUAUCACUGGUUCAUUGUAAUGCCUGCUUUUCAGCUUCACAGUGGCGUUGACUCUUCAUUGUGCCUUUUCUCCUUGCUCUGCAACAUGAACACGUGCAAAGCUAACUUGUAUGAAUCUUGUUUGUUUUUUAUGUGUGUAAGCCCUUAGCUUCAAGUUUGUCCCGUGUUUGAAUACAACCUGGUUGAAUUGUAUUUAUGAAUUGUGUCCAACUGGAAUUGCUGCUACAUUGUUGGUUGAGGUUUAAGGGUAAAUUUGCAAUACACAACUGUGAAGAAGCUUUCAGUCUAUACAGAAAAUGAGAAGGCGUUGAGUAGCUGACUUUUAGCACGUCUUGUGAGUUUAUAGCUCUUGCUUUCAAAUUCUUGCGCCCAUGUGAUCUGUAGAUAUUAAUUAUGGAAAAAGGGCUUAAAAUACGAUAAAAGUGCAUGUGUUGCUAUCUGCUUCACUGUUGUUAAUGACUAUUGUGAUCACCUGUGUGAGAGCAACAAAACAGUACAAGUAAACGGAGCAUUUCACAGGUAUGAUUUGUUUAGUAUUGAUGUUCUGUCCUUGCUCAAGUUUUCAUAAUUAAUAUUGUAAAGUUUAAGAUAUGUGGCACACACGCAAUAAAACGAUAUAAAUAAAACAGCUGAAUAAG